GCCACGUAGCCGGCGGGGCGGGGGGAUCUGUGGAGGGCGUCUCGGGAGAGCGUCCCAGGAAAGGUCGCGCUGUGACUGAUGAUCGCUCAGCGGGCCCUGGUCAGCGUCACCUUCUGUGUCUGCUACCUGGCUUCCUACCUCACGAACAAGUAUGUCCUGUCUGUCCUGAAGUUUACCUACCCUACAUUGUUCCAAGGGUGGCAGGCGCUCGUGGGUGGCCUUUUGCUGCAUGUGUCCUGGCGCCAGGGCUGGGUGGAGAUCCACGGCACCUCAAGAUCUGACGUGCUGAAGUGGCUUCCGGCCUGCGUGCUGUUUGUGGGUGUGAUCUAUGCGGGGUCCAGGGCCCUGUCCAGACUGGCCGUGCCCGUGUUCCUCGUUCUGCACAACACAGCAGAAGUCAUCAUCUGCGGGUACCAGAAGUGUCUUCGGAAAGAGAAGAUAUCUUCUGCAAAGAUCUGCAGUGCCCUCUUCCUCCUGGCCGCUGCUGGGUGCCUUCCCUUCAACGAUCCCCAGUUUGAUCCAGAGGGAUAUUUUUGGGCUGUAAUUCACUUACUCUGCAUAGGCCAGCUCAGGUCAGAGCCCCCGCGGCAUUUCUCGCCCGGGCGAGGCACUCAGGAGAGAAAGCCUUCCUGUGACUGGAAUCUACCUGUUGUCCCGGCUGCUUCAUUUCCAGGGGCGUAUAAAAUACUACGCCAGGCCCAGAAACCUGGCACCUCAAGUGAUAUUGACCAGCAGUACUUAAACUAUAUAUUCAGUGUGGUGCUCCUGGCAUUGGCAUCUCAUCCCACAGGUGACCUCUUCAGCGUCCUGGACUUCCCGUUCCUGUAUUUCUACAGAUUCCACGGCAGCUGCUGUGCCAGUGGGGUUCUCGGCUUCCUGCUCAUGCUCAGCACAGUAAAGCUGCAGAGCCUCAUGGCCCCUGGGCAGUGUGCAGCCUGGAUCUUCUUGGCUAAGCCUCCUGCUGGGUGGGCUCGGAGAGGCCUUGCUGGUUUUCUCAGAGCGCAAGGGCUGCUGAUGACGGUGGUCAAGGAAGGAGACUCAUGGCUGGAUGACACUGUGCUGUGGCCUCGAGCUUCUGUUGGCGCGUCGGAAACAACGUGAGGACGGGCACCGAGCCUGCCCCCGCCCUGACCGAGCAGCAUGCUGCGGAGAUGCAGUUGCUUGUCACGGCUCCGGGGAGAACUUUGUGGGGGAUUCCGGGAUGGCCAGCAUCACGUCUUCCUUGAGACUCUCUGGACGUGCUGUGCUAGUUUCUGCAGAAACAGGAAGUGCAGGAUUUCACCGGGCUGGCUCCUCACACCUCACGCCACCACACACUGCUUUGCCUUAGCCUGCUCUCUGCUCUCUUUACCUAACACGUAAAGAUGUUCAGUGACCUUGACACAAAGUAGCCUGCAACUUGCUUUUGCUCUUUACCUGGGACGCCAGACUUUCUA